CUGAGGAGCAGGGAGCCUGUCCUUACAUUCUGAGAACGCAGGCUGGAGGUAGCCCCGACUCCCGCGUUACUUCUGGGAUGGCGACAGAUAGAUUUGUUCCUUCUUUUUCUUUUUCUUCUUCUUUACCUUCUUCUUUUUCUUCUUCUUCUUCUUCUUCUUUUUUCCCGUUCCCCCUUGCUCUCUUAAAGAGACAGGGUCUCACCCUCCAGCUCCGGCUUGGCUGGAACUAGUUGUGUAGAUCCGGCUGCCCUUGAUCUUACAGAAAUCCACCCGAUUGUUGGGUGCCAGAAGAAUUGCGCCACCACAUCCGGAAGUGUGAUUCUCUUUGCAUUUUACAAGUGAAGAGCCCACGUUUUGAGAGGAAUGUUGCCACAGCUCCAGGCAUAGAUUGCCAUCUCGAUUAAUUUUCGUAAGACAAUAUUGAGUUUUCGCUUCAGAUUAAGAGUGAAGCACCUAGAGUAUAGAAGAAAGCAGAAUGUCCUCAGUGUGGUCUGAAUACACCAUCGGUGGGGUGAAGAUUCACUUUCCCUGUAAAGCUUAUCCGGCGCAGCUGGCUAUGAUGAAUUCUAUUGUCAGAGGACUGAACAGUAGACAACAUUGUUUGUUGGAGAGUCCCACAGGAAGUGGAAAAAGUUUAGCCUUACUUUGUUCUGCAUUAGCAUGGCAACAAUCUCUUAGUGAGAAGCCAGUGGAUGAGGGCCUGAAUAAAAAGCCUGAAGCGCCAUCUUCAUGUUCUUGUGCAUGCCAUUCAAAGAAUUUUACCUACAGCGACACAAACCUGGACACGUCACCUCACUUCAGUAGUCCAAGCAAACCCUCUUCUCGAAGAAAUGGAGUCUCAUCACCCUGUCAAGACUCUCCUGAAAAAAAUACUCUGGCUGCAAAGUUAUCUGCCAAGAAACAGGCAUCCAUACACAGAGGUGAAGACGAUGAUUUUCAGGUAGAGAAGAAAAGAAUCCGACCCUUAGAAACUACACAGCAGAUAAGAAAACGUCAUUGUUUGGAAAAGGAUGUCCACCAUAUAGAUGCACGUCUAGCUUCGGAAAGGAGAGGAAAUCCUGAGUCUCCCGUAAGAAAGACAAGCUCCUCUUUCCAAAAUCCCGAUGGCCUUUGUUCCAGGUGCUGUUGUUCAGCUAAACAAGGAAGUACCGAAGAGCCUGUAAACACUGUUAAGAAAGAUCACGGGGGACAAUCCAAGAGACCUAAAAUUUAUUUUGGGACACGAACACACAAGCAGAUUGCUCAGAUUACUAGAGAACUCCGUAAGACAGCUUACUCAGGGGUCCCAAUGACUAUUCUUUCCAGCAGGGAUCAUACCUGUGUUCAUCCUGAAGUAGUGGGAAACUUCAACAGAAAAGAAAAGUGCAUGGAAUUGCUGGAUGGAAAACAUGGGAAAUCCUGCUAUUUCUAUCAUGGUGUUCAUAAAAUUAGUAAUCAGCAGACAUUGCAGUGUCUUCAGGGGAUGUCCAAAGCCUGGGACAUAGAAGAACUGGUCAGCCUCGGGAGGAAACUGAAAGCUUGUCCCUACUAUACAGCUCGGGAACUGAUAGAUGACGCUGAAAUCGUUUUUUGUCCCUACAACUACCUUUUAGACGCACAAAUAAGGGAAACUAUGGAUAUAAAGCUAAAAGAACAAGUUGUCAUUUUAGAUGAAGCUCAUAACAUUGAAGACUGUGCUCGGGAAUCGGCAAGCUACAGUGUAACAGAAGUUCAGCUUAGGUUUGCUCGGGAUGAGCUAGAUAGUUUGAUCAACAGUAAUAUAAGGAAGAAAAGCCACGAGCCCCUACGAGAUGUAUGCUAUAACCUCAUCAAUUGGUUAGAAACAAAUUCUAAGCAUCUUGUAGAAAGGGGUUAUGAAUCAUCUUGUAAAAUAUGGAGUGGAAGUGAGAUGCUCUUAAACUUAUACAGAAUGGGCAUCACCACUGCUACUUUUCCAGCUUUGCAGAGACAUCUCUCAGCCGUUCUUCAAAAAGAAGAAAAAGCCAUAUCAAUCCACGGUAAAGAGGAGGCAAUACAAAUACCUAUUAUUAGUGCAUCAACUCAAAUCAUGCUCAAAGGACUCUUUAUGGUGCUUGACUAUCUCUUUAGAGAAAAUAGCAGAUUUGCAGAUGAUUAUAAAGUUGCUAUUCAGCAGACUUACUCCUGGACAAAUCAGAUUGCUAUUUUUGAUAAAACUGGGGUCGUGGCUGUACCAAAAAAUAAGAAACAUUCACGACAGAAAAUUGGAGUUAAUGUGCUAAACUUCUGGUGCUUAAAUCCAGCUGUGGCCUUUUCAGAUAUUAAUGACAAAGUACGGACCAUUGUUCUAACAUCAGGAACACUGUCACCCCUGAAAUCCUUUUCAUCUGAGCUUGGUGUCACAUUUAGCAUCCAACUGGAGGCUAACCAUGUCAUCAGUAACUCACAGGUUUGGGUUGGUACUGUUGGCUCAGGCCCUAAGGGUCGGAAUCUCUGCGCUACCUUUCAGCAUACUGAAACAUUUGAGUUCCAGGAUGAAGUGGGAAUGCUUCUGUUAUCUGUAUGCCAGACUGUGAGCCAAGGAAUUUUGUGCUUUUUGCCAUCUUACAAGCUAUUAGAGAAAUUAAGAGAACGUUGGAUUUUCACUGGCUUAUGGCAUAGUUUGGAGUCAGUGAAGACAGUCAUUGCAGAACCCCAAGGAGGAGAAAAAACUGAUUUUGAUGAAUUGCUGCAGGUGUACUAUGACGCCAUCAAGUUCAAAGGAGAAAAGGAUGGAGCCCUUCUCAUAGCAGUUUGUCGCGGCAAGGUGAGCGAGGGUCUGGAUUUCUCAGAUGAUAAUGCCCGUGCUGUCAUAACUGUGGGGAUUCCUUUCCCAAAUGUGAAGGAUCUUCAGGUGGAGCUAAAACGACAAUACAAUGACCACCACUCCAAAUCGAGAGGUCUUCUGCCUGGCCGUCAGUGGUAUGAAAUUCAAGCAUACAGAGCCUUGAAUCAGGCUCUGGGCAGAUGUAUUCGACACAAAAAUGAUUGGGGAGCUCUCAUUCUAGUGGACGGUCGCUUCAAUAACAACCCAAACCGCUAUAUAUCAGGACUUUCUAAAUGGGUGAGGCAGCAGAUUCAGCACCACUCAAGCUUUGCAAGUGCCCUGGAGUCUCUGACUGAGUUCUCCAGAAGACACCAGAAAGUUACUAAUAGAUCCAGAAAAGAUGAAAAAUGUACAAAAGACAAUGAGCCUACUCUGGAAGUGGCCUGUUUGGAGGACAGCGCUAUUACAGGUGUGUCAGAAGCAAGUCAUCAAUCGCCAGAAAACGCUACAGAAGAAGAAGCAAAAGUGCAUGUCCAGGAGCUGCAGGAUCCCCAGAUGGCUGCUAAAAACCCCUUAGUACCAAGUCACGGGGUUUCCAGAAGGAAGAAAAGUGAUCCGGGACUAAGAGAAGAGUCUGUUCAGACAGUGAAAACAGAAAGAAAAGAGAUUUCCCGAUCUUCAAGCCCAACUUUCGGAAAGCAAACAGAGCCAGUCAACUGGCCUAUCUUUAAUUCUCUAAGACGGCAUUUCACAAGUAAAGUAAAAAAUUGCACACCAGUACUCAAGUCAUCAAAGAACCGUGCCUCUGGCUCUCCCACUUUCAGUAAAACUGCUUUGCCACUCACAGGUAAUUGUGUGUCCUCAGACGAAACAGCAGACACAUCCUUGGCACCUUGCCCUCAGUCGGAAGCCAUAAUCUCACCAGUGAAGGUUGACGCUACUCCUGCUAAGAACCAUUCCAAACAGAUGUUCUGCUCUGAGAAAGACCUACUCCUGGAUACUGAAUUGUCUCCAGGAGCUGAAGAAGCCAAGUGUUCCAGCUCAAACAAAGCUGUUGAAGCAGAAGUGGACGACGACUCCGCAUGUUUCACGCCUGAACUUUUUGAUCCUAUCGAUACCGACGAAGAAAACGGUGAACUAGUUGAAACUGAUGGGUCCAGUAAUAAUUCAGAUUGUUUUUCAGCCGAAGAGCUGUUUGAAACUGCAACUGAGUUUGGGCAGAAGUGAAAGUCGAAGGUUGCACAGACAGAUAGUUGAGUGGAGUCAUACCAGUUGAAGAGAGCAGCGCUGACGACUUGUAUUAGUGAAUUAGAUCUGGGGGAACUCAUAAGUAGACAUGAGGGCCUGUCAGCAGUGAGGGGCUCCCUGGGGUUGGCUGAUGCUGGUGGGCUUUUGUUAAGUCUUGUUGUGUAAAUAAUAAUUUGUACAUUGGAUAAAUGUUAUACCUUUAAUUUUUAAGAUAUAUUUUAUUUGAAUUUAUUAUCAGAUUUUAAGUAUGUUAUUUCAGAAAUACCAGUUUUAAGUAAUCUAUACAAAGUACUCUCCUCUGAUACUUAGUUUCCUGGGACACUUCCAGUCUCACACAAUGACUCAUAUAUCGAAGUUCACUUAAUGUGUAUUUAUACUGAUACACAAAGAUUAAUCUCAGUUAAAUCUAGCCACAUUUUAGUCCUAUGUCACUGUGUAUUUUAAUUCACAGGCUGUUUUUAAAAAUUAUAGUUUGUCUCCAAAAAUUUGCUGUUUCAUUAAUCUUCCUUAGACCAGGCACAGAGCACACAGCUACUACCCCAGCACGAGGACAACAGGGCUGUGGAAUGAAACCCUGUUUUAAAGUCAAAAGAAAAAAAUGUUGAAAAUUAGUUUAUUAGAAAAAUUAAAGGAAAGAACAUCAUAUUUAAUUGAAAUUGGGUUUGUUUUUGUUUGUUUGCUAAGACUAAAAUAUCAGAAACAAAGUUAUAUGCAGUUAUAGAAUACCAUUUAGAAUAUUCCAAAUAUCAGUUUUAAUUAUUUCACUUUACUGUCCUCAUAGAAACUGAUGUGCCUCAACCUCUGGCCUCCAUACGCAAAUAAAUAAAUAAAUAAAAUACAGAUCCAGCAGUAC